AUGAUUCGAACGCCUUGCAAUAUUUUUUAUGUCAAUAGUGUUUAUAGGUCUUUAAGUAUUCGAAAUGCUUCAACUGAACAUCUAUUUUCUCCUGAUGUAAAUUCUGAAACCUAUCAAUAUCUACAGAAGAGCAUAAUUCCAACUUAUCAUUUCCAGAAAUCCCUGAGGCGUUUACCAAUACCAAAAUUGGAGAAUUCUUGUAAACGCUAUCUGGAUGCAGUUAAAGCAAUUUAUCCUGAAAAUGAAGCGAAAGAGAUGGAAGGGUUAAUUGACAAUUUUAUGAAAAAUGAAGGGCCAGAAUUACACAAAGCUUUGAUCGAUUAUGAUCGUCAACAUUUGGAUACUUCUUACAUUUCAGAACCCUGGUUUGAUAUGUAUUUGUCUGCACGUGUUCCUUGCCCUGUAAAUUACAAUCCUUUUAUGAUGUUUGCACCAGAUCCCGAUCCUCGUUAUAACGAUCAGUUAAUCCGCGCUACAAAUUUUGUAAUUUCUUGUGGACGUUUCAAACGUUCUUUAGAUGCUGAAAUUUUGGCUCCCGAAGUUUUUCAUUUAAAUCCAGAAAAAUCCAACAAACUUUCAAUUCAAAAAUUUUGGAGUUUGCUUCCUCAAAGUAUUAGCUGGUUUGGUGCUGCGGCUUUUAAAGCUUUUCCGUUAGAUAUGAGUCAAUACAAAUCUUUAUUUGGUGGUUGUAGAAUACCUCAACGUGGAAAAGACAAAUUAACUUUGAAGACUGAUUCGAAACAUUUCGUCGUUGCGCGUAAAGGAACAUUUUAUUCUGUUGAUCUUUUUGAUGAAAAAGGUGAAUUACUUUCGCCUGAUAAUAUUUAUUCUUCUCUACAUAAAAUUUUAAAUAGUUCAUCCUCUUAUGAAAAAGAAGAAUCAUCGUUUGUUGGCUCGUUAACAACAUUGGAUCGCGAUACUUGGGCAGAUACAAGACAAGAAUUAAUUGAUUUAAACCAACAAAAUUUACAUUCAUUAAAUACUUUAGAAAAUGCAUUAUUUUUAUUAUGUUUUGAUGAUUUGGGAAGUGAAGAUCCUAAUCGUUUGGCUAAUUCUCUUCUGUGUGGAGAUGAUGGAAGAAAUCGAUGGUUUGAUAAAUGUUUUCAAUUAAUUGUUGACGGGAAUGGACAAACUACAAUCAAUUUCGAACAUUCCUGGGGCGAUGGUGUUGCUGUACUUCGUUUAAUGGAGGAGAUACUCAAAGACACAAUUACAAAUCGUUUUGUUUCUGCUGGAAGACAAGUGGACGCUGCUAAAGCUGGAGAAACAAAAAGAUUGGAAUGGAAAUUAAACGAUUCUCUUCGAGCAAAAAUUCGCAAGGCAAGUGAACAACAUGUUCAUCGUUGUAGUGAUUUGGGUUUUGACUGUAUUGAACAUACAAAAUUAACUAAAGAAAAAAUAAAAAUGGCAAGACUGUCGCCAGAUGCAAUUAUGCAAUUGGGAAUGCAGCUAGCAUUUUAUUCAAUUUAUGGAGAAUUUGUGCCGACAUAUGAAAGUUGUUCUACUGCUGCUUUUCUUAAAGGAAGAACUGAAUGCAUGCGUUCAGCAACAACAGCAACAAAGGAAGCUGUUUUAGCUUUUAAAAAAGGCAAUAAAUCACCUCAAGAAAUGAUUGGAUUAAUUAAAAAAUGUUCUGAUAUGCAUUCACAAUUGAUAAAAGAAGCCUCAUUGGGACAAGGAUUCGAUAGACACUUUUUUGGACUUAAACAUACAGCAAAACGUUUGGGCCGUUCAACAGAAAAUAUUCCUAUUUUUAACCAUCCAAUUUACCAAAGAAUUAUGUCACAUUUUGUACUCUCUACCUCAACAUUAUCUACAGACACAAUUUAUUUUGGUGGAUUUGGCCCAGUUGUUAAAGAUGGUUUUGGUGUUGGUUAUAAUGUUACUGAUCAGAAGCUCGGGGCUACUGUUACUUGUUAUAAGAGUCAAAACAGAAAUGCAUCAGAAUUUUGUAGAGCAUUGGAUGACGGAUUAAAUAAAAUAAAAAAUGUUAUUGAAAAUAAGGAGAAAUGAAAAGAAUAUUGUUUGUGUGUUUUUAAAAGAUCAGCAGCUAAAAUUACAAUGAUGUAUUUUAUAUAAUAUAUAUUAAUGUUUUUAAUUUAUAAAUAAAUAAUUAAAGUUGAUACCUCCGACUAAUUGUUAGCAGGUUAAGAAACCUGUAUUUCUAUUUUAAAUUAUUUUUUCCCUGUUUUUCAAUCAAAAGUAGCCCCUUUUUUGCCCAAAUCCAACGAUUUUUUGAUGUUUUGUAUAUUUUAUGUCUAGUUACCAUUUUGACAUUUUUCCGUUU